GCUACUGCGGUCGUUGCAGCCUGUGGAUUGGAACUUCCACGCUCGCGGGAUUCGAAACGUCACAAUGGCUCAGAACGUUCAGAGUGUUACACUGUCUCUCACGCUGCCCAUCACUUGCCACAUUUGCCUGGGAAAGGUCCGCCAUCCAGUCAUCUGCACCAACAACCACGUCUUCUGCUCCAUCUGCAUUGAAGUGUGGCUGAAGAACAAUAGCCAGUGUCCUGCUUGUAGGAUCCCCAUCACCCCUGACAAUCCUUGCAAAGAAGUGCUAGGAGGGACAAGCGAAAGUGAUCCUGUGUUUAGCCCCACCGUCAGAAAACAGCUCCGCAAAACGAGACUCGAGCUACUGCACAAAGAAUAUGAGGAUGAGAUAGAAUCUCUGCAGAAAGAGUUGGAUGAGCUGAAAGGGAAAAACCUGAGCUUGGAGUCCCAACUCAAAUCUGUCCUGCACCCUGUGACGCUGGACGUGUCCGACAAAAGCCGGGAGAGUCCUCAGCUCUCGGACGAAGAGCGCAAAGUGGAUCCCGAGACUUUGGCAGCGUGGACCCAGAAACUCCAGGCUGCGAGUGAUAUGUACGAGAAAGCAAAGGACGACCUGGAAAAGUUAACGGAGGCAAAUAAGAAACUGAGGCUGGAAAACGGGAGCCUUGUGAGGGAGAACUUGCGGCUGAAGGCUGAGGUUGGAAGCCGAUCGCCCCAGAAGUUUGGGAGGUUUACCGUAGCGGCACUCCAGUCCAAGUUAGAACAGUGUGAGCGUGAAACGAACCGCCUUAAGAAGGCCCUGCAAAGAAGUGACUCAUAUAUAGAGGAACUGGAGUCCCAGGUUUCACAGCUGAAGAGGGAAUGUGAGCAAAGGCAAACUGCCAGUCCCGAAAGCGAAGCUGCCGUUUCCAUGGAGGAGAAAGCGAGUGAAAGUACCCCCAACGAGAUUGCACUCUUGGAAAGCCCAGAAGAGCACAUCAGUCAAAACUGUUUGUGUGCGACCCAUAGCCCGGAUGAUCUCGAGCAGCCGGCUGGGAGCGGACUGUUAGGCAGCAGCAAUGAUGUCUGCUUAAACUCAGCCAGCCAGGGUGGUUCGGACGAAUCCGUUGCGCAGGGCUCCGCUGCACGGGAUGUUUUUACGGGCCCCCAGGAGGGUCUCUUGGAUAUAGCGAGCUCUGAUAUGGAUACCUGUUCAGAGCAAACGUGGGAUAAAAUCGAAGACUGCGUCCCUUACAAAGAAGAGCUUUAUGACCUUCCAGAUCCGUGUACGCCUUUGUCACUCAGUUGCCUCCAGCUAAACACUCCAAGCAACAAGGACGAACCUGCUGGGAAAGAGGAGACUACAAGAGAGCCGUCCACCUACCUAAGGAAACUGGAAUUUGAGGAUUUUGGGGAGGCGUCGGACGACGGCAACAAAGACUCUUCUGAACAUAGCGCAAGCAGUUGCGAGGGCGGUGAAAACAAGGCGACUUGCUUUGCGUCGGACAAACCCGUGUUUUGGAACAGAUGCCAGCCGCGCUAUGAUGAGAACUUGGACUUUGAAGGCUCAGAGCCAACCGCUGUUACGAGCAACUCGGGAGAGUCUUCGGCGAAAUCCAGCGAUAAAACGCACAGUCCGGCUGUGCCUAAAAAACUGCAUUCUGUUCGCUCUUCGGAAAUGAAUCGCACCAGAACCUCUAGCGAGGCGUCGAUGGAUGCCGCUUACCUUGAUAAAAUCUCUGAACUGGAUUCCAUGAUGUCGGAAUCAGACAAUAGCAAGAGUCCCUAUUAUACUUCCAAGUCGUCUUCUGACCUGGAUAAUUCGUGCAAGGCAGCUCAACGUCCUGAUCUCUUAAACGAAAACGAGAAGAAUAGGAAGGAACGGAAGGAGCAAGGCACUCUUAAGUGUCCUCUGUCGUCUGAUCCUUCGGAAGAGGAGAAUGAGUGGAAACCCACAACUUUUCCAAUCCUUUCUCCGUCCGCGUUAGACAUCACUGAGCCUUUCCCACUCUUUGCAGGCCGGACUUCAGAAACGAGCGAAAUGAAACCUCAGAGCUUCUUGUUUCAACGAGAACUUUCCCCAAGCUUUCUCUUUAGUAACUCUCGGGGAUCAUUUGACGAGCACAAGCUUGAGUCCCCUCUCUUUAAGGUAGCCCCUGAGCUACAAAACCUCCACAACCAACUCCAGUCUCCGUGGUCACCUUCCUUCAUACCCGACAGAAAAGCCAAAAGUAUCCAUGCGUCAGCAAAAAGGAAAAUUCAGAGCAGCCUGUCCAGUGCAAGUCCAUCCAAAACAACCAAGAACUGAUUCCCUUGUUGAUGUUCCUUUUUCUAAACAAAAUAUAUAUUUAGUGCUGAUGUGAAAAUGUUCCGAUUCUCCCGCCCAAACGUGAAUUCUUCUUGAGUCCUCCUUUGACCUCAGUCUGUCCAGGACUUAUAUACUGAGUGACGGAGCUUGAAGAGUCUCUCUGUAGAGUAUGGAGCUCUUUUGCUGAAGAAGAAAUCUUCAGCACGUUCAUCGCUUGAUAGAUGUCUUCAGUUUUAGACACCAUGUUUUUCGUUUUCUUUUCUUUUUUUAGUGUUGGGUUAUAUGACGUCUUCUAUCCUGUGAGGAGCUGCUCAAUGUCCAGUUACAGGGUGUGACAGAUCUUCAAAACGGUUUCUCAUUGAAACCAAUCUUUAUGUGGGUAAGGCACCUGUGGGGUGGCUUCUCUUGUGCAAAAAUAUGGUGGCAGCUGUUGCUUAAGCCCAGCUUCUCUCUGAACCUGGGUUUCAGAAUAAAACAUUUGCCUGCUCAUAUCUGCAUGAGUUGGUCUCUCUCUCUCUCUCUUUCUCUCUGCUGAAUUGGUAGGUUUCAGUGUGUAGCUGUUAGUAUCUGUCUUUCUCCCUCCCCUUUGGCAAGUUUUCAGUUGGAAAAAAAUGCCUUUUUGCUUAAGACGGAGAACCCAGUUAUUUUUUGUGUCUUUUUUCUUAAUUAAAUACUGCUUUUAACUUUCUAAAAAAAAAAAAAAAAAGUUCCACUGUUGUACAAGGCUGUGUGAUUUGUGCCUGUGUAGUUCAUAAAAAUGGGUUGCUAUGCUAAUGGCUUGUUUACCGAAUGUGCACUGAGCAUUUUACAUGAAUACUGUACUGUUUUACAUUAAUACUGCAUGCUUUUCUAUGUGGAAUGAAUAAAAAGCAAAGUCACA